AUGGCUUCAAAGAGUCUUCACAACAACCCUGAUGAUGAUGAAGAUAAGCUGACCUGGAAAGAUCGCUUCCCAGGUUACCUGAUAAAUGUUGUCUCCAUCUUGUUCAUGAUUGCCCUGACCUUCUCCAUUGUCUUUGCGGUCAUUGUGUAUCGUAUCACAACUGCAGCUGCUCUGUCUCUCAACAAGGACACACGCUCCAAUGUCCGGGUGACAGUGACAGCGACGGCGGUCAUCAUCAACCUUGUGGUCAUCCUCAUCCUGGAUGAGAUCUACGGUGCAGUGGCCAAGUGGCUCACCGAAAUCGAGGUUCCAAAAACAGAACAGACUUUUGAAGAACGCCUGAUACUGAAAGCUUUCUUGCUAAAGUUUGUCAAUGCCUACUCGCCCAUCUUCUAUGUGGCCUUUUUCAAAGGGAGGUUUGUGGGCCGACCUGGAAGCUAUGUUUAUGUGUUCAAUGGUUAUCGCAUGGAAGAGUGUGCUCCUGGGGGCUGCCUCAUGGAGCUCUGCAUUCAGCUUAGCAUCAUCAUGUUGGGGAAGCAGCUGAUCCAGAACAAUAUCUUUGAGAUUGGAGUACCGAAGCUAAAGAAACUAUUUCGGAAGCUGAAAGAUGAAACAGAACCUGGGGAAACUGACUCUGCCCAUUCAAGGCAUCCAGAGCAGUGGGACCUAGACUACAGCUUGGAACCAUACACUGGACUGACUCCAGAGUACAUGGAAAUGAUCAUCCAGUUUGGCUUUGUUACCCUCUUUGUGGCCUCCUUUCCUCUGGCACCUGUGUUUGCCCUCCUCAACAAUGUCAUUGAAGUGCGGCUGGAUGCAAAGAAGUUUGUCACGGAGCUGAGACGGCCAGAUGCUGUGAGAACCAAAGAUAUCGGGAUUUGGUUUGACAUUCUCUCCGGAAUCGGCAAGUUCUCCGUUAUCAGCAAUGCUUUUGUCAUUGCCAUCACCUCCGACUUUAUCCCCCGCCUUGUGUACCAGUACUCCUAUAGUCACAAUGGGACUCUGCAUGGCUUUGUCAACCACACCCUCUCCUUUUUCAACGUCAGUCAGCUGAAGGAAGGAACACAACCUGAAAACUCACAGUUUGACCAGGAUGUUCAGUUCUGCAGGUUUAAGGAUUACCGAGAGCCGCCGUGGGCCCCAAACCCAUAUGAGUAUUCCAAACAGUACUGGUCUGUUCUGUCUGCCCGUCUGGCUUUUGUCAUAAUCUUCCAGAACCUUGUGAUGUUCCUGAGCGUCCUCGUGGACUGGAUGAUCCCAGAUAUCCCCACGGACAUCAGCGACCAGAUCAAGAAAGAGAAGAGCUUGUUGGUGGACUUCUUCCUGAAGGAGGAGCAUGAGAAGCUUAAGCUGAUGGAUGAGCCAUCCCCCAGCAGCCAGGGAGGAGGCCAUCAGAGCAGGAGGAGCCGGGCAGCCAGCUCAGCACCCUCUAGCCAGAGACAGCCAGGCAGCAUCGCAUCCUCUGGUUCUCAGCACACCAGCGUGUGAGCGAGCCAGCCCCACUGCCAAGGGGGUGCUGCGGCAGUGAGAGACCAUUCACAAGCAUGUCUGUGCUUCUGCACAGUGUGGUGUCUGUCAUCUGCCGGGAUAUGGCAUGAGGGGGUCUUGAAAUGGGUGUGUGUGAAGAGAGAAUGAGCUCAGAAAGGAAGAGAAAUGAUGCUGCUCCUUAGAAACUUCAAAAUUAAGUUUAUUUUACCUUAGUCUUUGUGGGAUUGGUACCAUUUGGAGUUUCUCUAUCCCAGAAUUCCCAGGCACUGAAACCAAGGGUACUUAUGACUUGGAUUAAAUUAGCUUUAAGUCCUAGCUCUAGACAUCAUAUCCUUCUUUCUAUAUAUACAUAUCCCUCAGAGACUUAACCUUUCCCUCCAUAAUCAGCAGCCCCCAAGGCAGGAGAAGACAGUAGCUCAGACCUGACAAAUGGUCACAGGAUCUAGGUCUCUGUCAGGAUAAAGAUCACAUCUUCACCUAAGUUAGGUUUCAGUUUCUGAGCCCUAAGUUGGAACAACCCCCUGGCUACUUUCCCAUGAAACUGGACAGAGGGACACCAGAAAAGACCUCAGAACUGUCCUCAAGACCUGAAGAAAUGAUUCAUUACACUCACCUCACCUCCAACCAAUCAACUCCCCACACAACCCUGAACCCCUAACCCAUAGUGUCUUCUGAUUUUGCUCUAUAUAAUCUGUAACCUAUACUCUAUUGGAGAGUUGUGUUUUUUUUUAGAGCUCUUUCAUACACCUCCAUUUGGCCAAUUCAAUAUUAAACUAUUUUUUUCUUUCUAUACUGCAAACCCCUGUUCAUGCAUUUCAUUGGACCAGUGUGUAUAGGCGGGCAGAUUCCAGGAAAAACAUCAGGGUUCCAGUAACAGCACCAUAAGCCUUCCCUAUGUUUCCUCAGGUCCCCCCUCAUUUCAGAUGGCUGCAGGCCAUGACAGAAGUGUAGUCAGGGCCCUGUUGUAGCAUCCAUCAUAAGUGAUCAUCCCCCUGCUUCCCACCAUCACCCUGAGAAAAUUCUGAGUACUUACAGCCCAGGCUGUCAUAGUCUUGGUGGAUGCAAAUUAAGUGACAGGGCUGAUUAUUACUGUGGCCACUGGACCUGAUGGGGAGUUGCAAAGUUUCGAACCUGGGCUUGUCUUCAGUUCAUGUCACAGGGGUGCUUUGAGCUGAA